UUUUAUGAAAAAAAAAACUCUGCAUUUCAAAUUAUUCCAUUCCAUUGGUGAUUUCAAUAGCUGUGAAAAUUAAAAAAAAAUGUCACCAUCCUUUAUAUUAUUAUCAUUAUCAUCCAUCUUUGAUGUGGCAUUCAUCAUCAUUUUUUUGAUCAUUCCAUUUGGCCAUACAUUGGAUGGUCCAAAUAUUUGUACAAAAAAUGAAACAGUUCCAAUUAAAUAUGAUAUUCAAAUUCCCAAACCACAAGAGAUACGUACAGUCGGCUGGUGUUUACAGAUACCGCCUAGAUGUCCAAAAUUAAAAGUCGUUUAUCGUAUGGAAACGGUGACCAAAAUUCGCAAUGAAUCACGUAUUUUGGAACAUUGUUGCCAUGGUUAUUAUGAAGCUAAUGAUAAAUGUUUACCCAUUUGUAAAGAUGAAUGUGUUCAUGGAAAAUGUAUUCAACCAGAUGUUUGCCAUUGUGAACCAGGUUGGGGCGGUGAAACUUGUAAUAAAAACUGUCCGAAUCGUCAUUAUGGACCAAAUUGUGAGAAUGAAUGUAGAUGUGAAAAUGGCGCCAUUUGUAAUCCGAUCAAUGGUGAUUGUUCAUGUCCACCGGGUUGGACAGGUAUAAAUUGCAAUCAACCUUGCCCAUCAGGACAUUUUGGUUAUAAUUGUGUCCAAUUAUGUCAAUGUGAAAAUGGUGUUUGUGACCAUAUAACUGGUGUUUGUAAAUGUAAACCAGGAUUUAGUGGGGCUCUUUGUGACCGGAAAUGCCCUGAAGGCAAACAUGGAAUUGAUUGUACGAAUUCUUGUCGCUGUCAAAAUAACGGAACAUGUGAUUUCGUAACCGGUGUUUGCAAUUGCCUUUCUGGUUGGUCUGGUUCAGCUUGUACUGAAUCCUGUUCAAUUAUGGGACGUUGGGGGCCGAAUUGUUCGAAUGAAUGUGAAUGUUUUAAUGGCGGUGUUUGUCAUCCAAUCACUGGAGAAUGUCAAUGCUCUGCAGGCUAUACUGGUAAAAGAUGUGAAAAUGAAUGCCCUGAUUAUAAAUAUGGUCCAAAUUGUUUAUCAACAUGUGAUUGUCAGAAUGAUGCUCGAUGUGAUCGUAUAAAUGGUAACUGCAUUUGUUCAAAAGGUUAUGCUGGUAAAAGAUGUGAACGUCGUGAAUGUCCAUUUGGUAAAUAUGGCCUUGAUGAUGGAUGUAACAAACAAUGCCAAUGUCAUAGCAACAACACGAUUCGUUGUGAUCCAUUCGAUGGUUCAUGCAAGUGUAAACCGGGUUUCAAAGAUUAUUGCUAUAAACAAUGUUCACCUCCAUAUUAUGGUGAUGAUUGUAAGAAUGUUUGUGAUUGCGAAAAUGGUCUUUGCCAUCAUGUUACCGGGGAUUGUAUAUGUAAUUCCGGUUGGACUGGUGAAAAAUGCCAAAAACCUUGUUUCGCUGGUACAUAUGGUAUUGGUUGUGCACAGAAAUGCAUCUGUUUUGGUAAUGUUCGUUGUAAUCCAGAAAAUGGUCAGUGUGAUUGUCCGGCUGGAUUUUCUGGCCUAAAAUGUAAUAGACCAUGUCCACCACAAAAAUUCGGUGAAAAAUGUUCACAAAAUUGUCGUUGUAUGAAUGAUGCUGCUUGUAAUCCUGUUAAUGGUACUUGUACCUGUCUACCUGGAUUCACAGGGAUUGAUUGCAGCCAAAAAUGUUCAGCCGGUUUAUUCGGUUUGAAUUGUAAAUACCAUUGUGAUUGUCACGAAGAACAUACAAAAUCUUGCAAUCAUAUCACUGGUGAAUGUGUUUGUAAUCCUGAUUUCGAAGGUCCAAAAUGUGAACAUAAAAGUGUUUGUCCUUCGGGAAAAUAUGGCCGAAAUUGUCUCCAUAAUUGUAAUUGUAAUGACGAACGAUUAUCGUGUGAUUAUAAUGAUGGUGAUAAUUGUUUCUGUCCACUUGGCCGCUAUGGAAAUCAUUGCGAACAAAAGUGUCGAAGUGGAUCAUUUGGAAAAUCAUGCAUACAAGAUUGUCCGUUAUGUAUGCAUUCGAAUCAAACAUGUAAGAUUCAAGAUGGAUCGUGUGUUUGUUUACCUGGAUAUACUGGUUUUUUUUGUGAAAAGAUUUGCCCGGAAGGAAGUUAUGGUUAUGAAUGUCGUCAACAAUGCAACUGUUCAUCAAUGGGCGGACAAUGUGAUCAUGAAUCAGGCAAGUGUGUUUGUUAUCCAGGAUGGCAAACAUCAACAUGUUCGAAAAUUUGCCCGGAGGGAAAAUAUGGUCUUGAAUGUCAACAACAUUGUAAAUGUCAAAAUGAUGCCACUUGUCGUCCAACGGACGGAAUUUGUUUUUGUAGAGAUGGCUUUAUGGGAACGUUGUGUUCGGAAAUUUGUCCAGAUGGUUUCUACGGCAAUAAUUGCUUAAUGUCUUGUGAAUGCCCAAAAGGAAAUUAUGUUUGUGAUCCUGUUGUUGGAUGUAAAUGCAGAUUGGGUUUUACUGGUGAAAAUUGUGAAAUGAUUGAAGAAACGGUGGCCAGUGCACAGAUUGAAGAAUAUUCAAGUGGAUCAUCAUCAGCCGGUUAUUGGAUUCUUCUAUUGCUUACAAGUGCAUUAAUGGUGACCGCAAUGUUUGUGGCAUAUUAUCGAAAACGAAUUGUCGAACUAAAAGAUUUACUUUAUGUUGAAUAUUGUAAUCGUCCACCAUCAUCGGAACCAAGACAUUUUGAUAAUCCCGUUUAUUCGUCAAUGACAGGCACAACUAGUACAACGGCAACAAGUUUAUUGAAUAAUAAUAUUCAACAGAUCAAUAAUGGAUUCACUGGGAAAAAUACUAAUCUUAUGCAUUCAAAAUUGAAUGGAUUGGAUAAAUUAUCAUCGACCGCUUGUGGUGAUGGUAGUAAUAAUGCUUCUUCAUCAAAUCAAAAUUAUGAAGUACCGCGUAAUAAUCUAUAUAUGGACAUUGAUGAAGAAAAAUCAAAAAUAUCGGAUAAAUCAAACAAUUUCUAUCAUACAAUCGAUGAAAUGAAUCAGAUAAAAUCAUCAAAUGAACAAUCAACAGUGGUGGCUGCCAUUAAAUCAUCUGAUGAUCUAAAUUUUUUACAACAAAAUAGUGCUAAUUCUAACAUGAACGGAACUAUGCGACAAGCAUCUUUAAAUGAUUAUGAUAUUCCACGGCCAUCAUCAUCAUUGAUGAUGACACCGCCACCACCUCCAAUGUCGAUUUUGAAUCAGCCAUUGCCGUCAAUAUCACCCCAACAACAACAACAGCAGCAACAACAACAACAACAAUCGAAUAUAAAACCAACCAUACAUCAAUAUCAGAAUCUGAUUAAAAACAGUAAAAUUAAUGAUAUUGAUGCCAUUAAAAUGGCUAAUAAAAAAUUGAAUCAACAUUAAUGACAAUGGAAAAAUUUGGAUCGAAAAUUGGAUUGCAUUCUAUAUUUAAAGACAGAUCUAUCUAUUCGAUGGAUUCAAUCACAUCACAACAUUAUUAUUCAUCGUGUCUAUAAACAGAAAAUAUUCAUCAACAUGAAUUUUAUCAUCAUUGUGCAUUU